AUGUCGUCUCUUUGCUGUCCAACUCAGGAGAAAGAAACUGAUGGGAUUUUUCCCACUCCGGGGACUUCUUCAGCUCCAGUACCACACCAAUCACCUGGUGAGGAUGUCAUUCAGUUGGUUGACAUACAUGUUCCCAACAAUGUAACCGAAGCAUUAGAAGACCCAAAAUGGAAAGAAGCUAUGAAUGAAGAAAUGCGAGCUCUCCAGAAGCAUGGCACAUGGGAACUCGUGCCAUUACCUCAUGGAAAGAAGGCAGUGGGAUGCAGGUGA